AUGAUUAUUUUUUCUCUGCUUACAAUUCUUCUCACCUUUGUCUGUCAUCCAUCUAUUUUUUUCUAUAUCGUCAACUAUUCAACUCCUCCUGGCAAUUUUAACUUUUAUUCGCUAUUUCUCCAACGUUUUGACCUUUUGCCCUCUGAUUUCCUCGUCGUCAUUGGGCCUUUGUUAUGGCAUUCUGGUUCAGCUUGCGUCGGCGAAGCACCGAUUGUGAAUAGACCACUUCAAGGGGGGGUGCGAAAUCAAACUUCUGGUUUGAACAAGCCAUUUUCACCUACUCGUGCUCACCAGGAGAUACAGGCUGAACUAGCUCUUCGACAGGGCAGACAGCCACUGGUUCAGGCUGGCAGUGCGGUGGAACCGAAUCAGCGUACUGUGAAGUCAGGUAGCCGUCCUGCAAAGCCAUUUUCCACCUCUUCUUCUUUUCGUUCUCCCUCUCCUGCCGGGUAG